CAAAACGUUCCAUUUCCACACCAUUCAUUCAUUCCUUCUCCCUUCGCAAUUCAGAUGUCGAUUCCAUCGAUCGCGUUAGCUUUCCUCUUCGCCGCUGCGGCGGUGGCCGCGACCGCAGACGCGGCUGCAUUCAACGUGUCGGAAAUCACUUUCGACGACGGAUACCUGCCGCUGUUCGGCGAGCGCAACCUUCUGCGGUCUCCAGACGGACGGAGUGUCAAGAUUCUCCUUAACCAGCGUUCAGGAUCGGGAUUCAUUUCGUCGGAUUUGUAUUACCACGGUUUGUUCAGCGCGUCAAUUAAGCUGCCGUCUGAUUACACGGCCGGCGUCGUGGUCGCGUUCUACAUGUCGAAUGGGGAUAUAUUUGAGAAGAAUCAUGAUGAGCUGGACUUUGAGUUUCUGGGAAAUCUCUGGGGACGUGAAUGGCGGAUUCAGACUAAUGUGUAUGGGAAUGGGAGCACAAAUCGGGGUCGUGAGGAACGGUAUCGGCUUCCUUUUGAUCCCACGGCUGAGGCCCACCGUUACUCCAUUGUCUGGACUAAUGCAACCAUCUUAUUUUAUAUUGACGAAAUACCAAUAAGAGAGGUGACCAGAAGUGAAGCAAUGCGUGGAGACUACCCAUCAAAACCAAUGUUAAUUUACGCCACAAUCUGGGACGGCUCCAACUGGGCGACUUCAGGCGGAAAACACAAAGUGAACUACAAAUACGCGCCUUUCGUCAGCGAGUUCUCAAACCUCAUCCUCAAGGGUUGCCGUCUCGAUCCCAUACAGCAGUUGCCGGCCGCCGUGCAGUGCCGGGAAGCAGAGAUGGAAACUGCAGCUGCAGACUACUCGGUGAUGUUGGAGCACAAGUAUGAAACCAUGAUGCAGUUCAGACGAGAGUAUAUGACUUACAGUUUUUGUUAUGAUGAGGUGAGAUACCCGGUCAGUUUCCCGGACUGUAAAAUUGUGGAGGGGGAGAAGGAGAAGUUUGGAAGGACAGGGCACGUUGUGCGUCCGACGAAGUCUGCGGUGAAGAUGAAGGGAGUUGCGCGGAAGCGCCGAUCGAAGAAACGCGGUCAGUUCAAUAAUAGGAAUAUGAUUCAUGGAGAUGCCGAGAUAUGAUGAUUAUUGAUUGAUAUAAUUAAUUGGACAAUAUUGAAUUAAUAUUUUGAAAUAAUUUGUGCUUGUGAGAAACAGUUCGGUAAUUGGUGA